UGCUACAUUUGGUCGCAUUGGCGAUAUUUUUCUGCGGGGGGGCGUGCCGAGGAAUAGGACGACCCUUGGCAUUUUGGGGGAAACGGCUCCAGAUUUUUUUAAUUUUUUUUUUCUCGCCAUGUCGGUUGUGCGCACAAAACCAUGGAUGGCCCCCUCCCUCGCCUCCAUGUCCGCCCGCCCGACUGGUAACCCUUCUCUGUCUUUGGACAUUGUCCUGGAGAAAGUUGCAGUCGCAAGUUAACACGUACAAGUGAAUAACUUGGGCCUCCUUCUCUUGGCCAAAAGUCAAUACCCGGCUGUUAAUGCUAGGUUUGCUCGCACCCCCAUAACCAGUCAUCCGUUCUGGUUGCGGGCCGUUUCUCGUCGGAGCUUCCCUUUUGGUCUGCGCGUCAACUGCAAACUGCACCUCGACGGCAUCAGACGGCGCCAACACAUUGGACAGGUGUCGCGUGACUACGAACCUGUUCUUUUCGUCCUCCGACAUUUCAGGAACACUAGGAUUACAACUGAGCCAGCAAAUCGAAAUCACCAUGGGCUGGGUGCAGAAAAUCGACCACGCCAUCGGCAGGUCUGUCGUUGGGCGCUGGUUCCAGCUCGAUGGCUCCGGCCACCACAAGGAGCGCAAGGGAUCCAACUUUUCUACAGAGAUCCGUGCUGGACUGGCGACCUUUUUCGCCAUGUCAUACAUCAUCGCCGUCAACGCCAGCAUCGUCUCGGACACGGGCGGCACUUGUACCUGUGACCGCACGAUCGACCCCACCUGCGUUGCGGACCAGGCCUACGCCCUCUGCAAGAGCGAAAUUCGACGUGAUAUGAUCACCGCGACGGCUGCCAUUUCGGCUCUGGGUAGCUUCUUUAUGGGUCUCUUGGCCAACAUGCCCGUUGGGAUUGCGCCCGGCAUGGGCAUGAAUGCUUACUUUGCCUACACCGUCGUCGGCUUCAACGGUACCGGCUUGGUCCCCUACCAGGUCGCCGUCACAGCCAUCUUUGUGGAGGGCUUCAUCUUCUUCGGUCUGGCGCUCCUCGGCAUGCGCCAGUGGCUCGCACGUGCAAUCCCGCGAUGCAUCAAGCUCGCCACCAGCGUCGGCAUCGGUCUCUUCCUCACAAUCAUUGGCCUGACGUACAGCCAAGGCAUCGGCCUGAUCGUCGGUUCCGUAUCCACCCCUCUUGAGCUGGCCGGCUGCGCGCCCGAGGACCGCAUCACACGGGAGGGGCCGGGCGGUACCGAAGUUCUGGGCUGUCCCGGCAGCCACAAGAUGCGCAACCCGGCCCUGUGGGUCGCCAUCUUUUGCGGCGGCGUCUUCACCGUCAUUCUCAUGAUGUACCGCGUCAAGGGCGCCAUCAUCGCCGGAAUCCUGCUCGUUUCCAUCAUCUCGUGGCCCCGGGGUACCGACCUGACCUAUUUCCCCUACACUCCCGUAGGCGACGACAACUUUGACUUUUUCCGCCGCGUCGCCGACUUCCACCCCAUCUCGCGCACCCUUGCCGUUCAGGAGUGGAACAUUGGAAACUACGGCGGUCAGUUUGGUCUUGCGCUCAUCACGUUCCUCUACGUCGACAUCCUCGACUGCACCGGAACUCUGUACGCCAUGGCCAAGCACGCCGACCUCAUGGAUCCCGUGACGCAGGACUUUGAGGGAUCAACCAUCGCCUACAUGGUCGACAGCAUUGCCAUCUCCAUCGGCGCUCUGUUUGGUACUCCCCCGGUGACCGCCUUUGUCGAGUCCGGUGCCGGAAUCUCCGAGGGCGGCAAGACGGGUCUGACGGCCAUGACGACCGGCCUGUGCUUCUUCAUCAGCAUCUUUUUCGCACCCAUCUUCGCCUCGAUCCCGUCCUGGGCCACGGGCUGCGUCCUCAUCCUGGUGGGCUCCAUGAUGGUGCGCAACGUGACCGAGAUCAACUGGAACUACAUGGGCGACGCGGUGCCGGCCUUUGUGACCAUCGCGCUCAUGCCCUUCACCUACUCCAUCGCCGACGGCCUGAUUGCCGGCAUCUGCCUGUACAUCCUCAUCAACACGCUGGUCUGGGCCAUCGAGAAGGCGUCGGGCGGCCGGCUGGUGCCCCACAACAAGGAGUCCAAGGACCCCUGGACCUGGCGCAUCCCCGGCGGCGUGCUGCCGCAGUGGAUGGUGCGUCUCUCGCGCGGCAAGAAGGACUUUUGGCGCGGCGACAGGCCCGUCCAGGGCGAGGGCGCAAGCGACGGCGACGAGCCCCGCCCGGGGCCCGGUGCUGUGGCGCUGAUCCGGGACGACGCCGACCACCCCAUGGGGGAGAAGCGCGUGUCCAACGGCGACUCGCCCGAGAGGAGGGGUUCGUCGGAUGUCGUGGCUGCGGCGACACCGCCGGUGCAGACGUCGGGCGACAAGAAGUUGAUGUGAUGUAUUUUUUUGAGGCUAGAUUUAUGUAUGUAUAUACGGAAUGUUUUUGGGUAGUAGAACCCUGGGCGGCUUGGGAUAAAAUUAAUUAUGAGCAAAAAGUUGAGCCAAAACAAAGUUUACGAGUUAGACUCCUUGCUUUUCUUCCGAUUAGGAUUCGUCGUUUUUAAGUUCUUGGGGGGGUUCGUUGGAUCCGGGAAUCCUCCGAAU